CUCUGCUGGGCGAUCGUUCCCCAACCAGCCGCACUGACCCUGCGCCACCAGAGGCCGCUGGCAUCCCUCGCCGCGUUCCAUGUCGCCACCAAGUCCAGCAAGGCGCCACCCGCCCCCCCCCUGCAUCCAAAGUUCCGUUGAUCCUCACAAGGCCAAGGGGCUUGAAGCCCGCAUGACCCACCCACGUAUGAAAAAAACGAAAAAAUGCAACCCAAAAUGCAACCCAAAAAUCAAGUACCGCCAAACUCAGAAACCAGGGGCUCGCCGCUCAACUAGACACAGCGCCACCAACCUCCUUGCUCUCUCUCUCUCUUUCAUUGCUUGCCACUUACUCCUGCUGGUUUGGGUAGGAGCUGCUAUCUCCCUCGCGGCAACUUACCGGCGCGGCUCGGUUAAUCUGUCCGUGGGUGAAGCAGCAGGAAGAGAAAGAAGGACAGCCACAACCACCACAACCACCACAACCACCACAACCACCACCACCUCCACCACCUCCACAACCACCACAACAACAUCAUCAUCAUUGACAGGAUACGCUUUGAUGCAAAAGCGCGUGAUGAAGCAGCCCCUCCCGCUCCAUCGGUCCUUGUAUACUUACUCCACCAAAGGCGCCAAUGUGUUGCUUCUGCAUCCCACUGCUGCCGUUGUUGCCGCUCGUUGCUCCCCGCCCCCAGUACUGCUUGGCUCCACCCCCACCACCCAACCUGAUCUUUCCGAACUCAUACUUUUGCUUCUCUUUCUUGCGCUUCUUGAUCCUCUCUGUUUACAGAAAAAAAACUGCACAUACACACGCACGCAUUGCAUAUCCAAUCUGGCACUUUUUUCUUCUCAGCACGAUCUCACUCCUAUUUAUUGGCAGUAACUCUUACUCUCACCGCCGUCCUCCUCCUUCUCCCUCCCUCUCUCGAUUUUUCGGCUCCUCUUGUACCUGCUUGUAUGGUGUUGCUCGACAGCUCUCUCGCUCUCUGGCAAUGGUGGUGGGCUAGCCUACCAAUCCAUACAUUGCUGUGUCUGCCUUCAGCAUCUCCAUUCGGUAGAGUGCUGGUUUUGCCUUGCAACUCUCCCCACCCCACCUCUCGCUGCCUACCGCCUCCUCGACCCGCUGUGCUCCGUCUGGCCCUCGUGGGGUCCGGGCAUAGUGUGUGUCGCCA